AUGAUAAGCACAUCAACCUAUAAUCAAGAUCAACUCACAAUUAGAAUAUCAACACCAAUCAUUCCUGAUAAAGCAUUGAAAAACAACAGUCAAGAUUCAAUAAUACCUAAGCGUUUAAACAUGGAAUAACUUGAGGAUGGAAAUAAAUAUAGAUCUUCACAGUCCCUGCUUGUACCAAUUGUUAAACAUGACUAUGAGUUAGGUCUUUCAGAAGAGGAGAAAAAAAUGAAGAAAAGUAUUGGCAAAAAGAACUUCUAACUUGGUUUUCCUAAAUAACUUGGAUUGAAAUAAAUCUAUAAAGCUAGAAAAUAAUCCAUUUUCUAAUUCGAGCAAAAUGAUAAAAGAAAAGUAAUGCAUGAUAACCUCUAAAAUCAAUAGUUGUUAUAUUACUAGCAGAUAGAUCUGUAAGAACUAAAUAAGAAUCGCCCGCUAGUUAUUGACCCCAACACAGGUAGCCUUGUUUAGAAAUAAAUAUACAAACAAAAGAAUCCCAACUUAUUUGGAAUGAAAUUUCUGAACUCUAAGAUCCAAAUGCAUGAAAAGAUCCAAGAAUUAGUUAAAGUGGGUACGGGAGUGACUCAGACUCCUAAAAAAUAAAAAAGAGACAACAGUAUAAAUCCUACUGCUACAAAUGGAUUUUCAGAUAUCAAUGGGAAUAACAAUGAAAUAAUAAAAACUAUGAUGACUACCACAUAUUCCAAUCAUAGUAUAGAUUUUAACAAUAGUUUGGAAUCUCCCAAAAAGAUAGAUUCUAAGAAAUAUUUCAGUUCAUUUAUAGAUUAAUAGAAACACAAAAGAAAUAUAGUACUUACAAGUACUCUCACAAGUUAAUCUUUAACUUAGUAUAGUUAAGUCAAACAGGAACUUUCUCCAAAGAUCCUAGAUUUGGCAGCUGCUUAAAAGGUCUUGACUCUCUAAAGAAAGCAUAUUUAAUCUUAGUCAACUUUGAACUAAAAUAUAGAUAAUAUACUUAAAGAUAGUCCUUAGAAGAGUACAAUUAAUUAGUAAUAACUUUAUUAAACUCUAAACUAGAAAUAGCUAUAGCUUGAGCUGAGACAAUCUUUCUCAAAGUCGCAGUAGAGCAUGAAUCUUGACUUCUAGACAUAGUUCUAAACAAUAUAGCCUAAUCAAUCAAAGUCGAUUUUGACAUAAAAUUAGCUACAAAUGCCACCAAAGUAUCAAGAUUAUUAACAAAAUAUAGUAAAGGUAGGCAGCUUUUUAUAUCAGUAAUCUCCUUAAGGUGGAUUUUUAAUGAAUAGACAGGUGGGAGAUCUGAAAAUUAACUUCAAUAACAGUCUUAAGAAGUUCAAAAGAAACGCAAGCACUGCUUAGCUUAGUGGGACUCACAUUGGGAUUUAAAAAAGUCUGCCAAAGUUAGCAAAUAAAAACAAUAUCAUGAAUGAAAUAGCUCAUCUCAAGAUUAAAAGUAAUCCAUAGAAAUAUGUCUUGAAGAGAAAUCAAUUCAGCUAAAACUUAAUACCAAGUUCAAAUUUGAUAUGA